AUGCUCCUGUUCCUGAGAUGUCGCUGUGCAUUUGAUGAGAAAACAGCAGGAAGUAGCGCCACACAGAAGGAUGCGUUGAAAGUGAAUCUCGAUCAGCUCCAAUGUCACUUCACAUGGACUCCGAAGAAAAAAAUCAUCGACUUGGAUGAUAUGAAACAAAGAUUAGAAGAUACAAUACAGACAAGUGUGAAACCUCAAGCCCGGUUUUACAAUCACUUUGCUUUUAUAAACUGUCAGCAAGGAAAAUAUGAAGAGGCAAUUCAGAAUUUAAAGGAAGCUGAAAGGAUUCUGAGGGAGACACAUGGAGAUGAAUUUGAGAAAAGAAUCUUGGUCACCUAUGGAAACUAUGUCUGGGUUUAUUAUCACAUGGACCGACUGGAGGAGGCUCAGUCCUACCUCGACAAGCUGGAGACAGUCUGUAAACUAUUUCCUGAAGCCUCUCGGUUUACAGCAAUGAUACCUGAGGUUUACGGGGAGAAGGGUUUGUCACUGUUGAAAUCUGCUGGCCAAUAUUAUGAAGAGGCAAAGGAAUGUUUUAAAAAGGCUCUAGAGAAGGAUCCUGACAACAUUGAGUGGAAUGUUGGCUAUGCCACUGUUCUGUAUCGUCUGGAAGCGUUUUCUGGAACCCCUGAGAGUCAUGAACCCACUGAAUCAAUGAAACAGUUUAGACGUGUGCUGGAGCUAGAUCCUGAUCAUGCUGAAGCCAUGGUGUUGUUAGCUUUAAAACUACAAGAGUUAAGUCAAGAGGGGGAAGCAUCCACAUUAGUUGAACGAGCAUUGCAGAAGUCUCCUGAUCUCCCACACGUGCUUCGAUAUGCAGCAAAGUUUUACAGAAUCAAAGGAGAUGUUGAAAAAGCUUUGAAAGUGUUGAAGACAGCAAUGGAAAUUACCCCCAACUCUACCUUUUUACACCAUCAAAUCGGUUUGUGUUACAGAAAGAAACUAAUGCCAUUGCUCAAACAUCCACUCAGCAAAAACCCUAAAGAUCCUGCUUUUCAACAGAAAGUUGAACUGAUCAAACUUUGCAAGUCUCAUUUUAAAAAUGCUUUCAAGCCUCGACCAUUAACCUUUAUUAGGGCACAACUGGAUUUUGCAGGAAUAUGUUCACUAAAUGAAGAGUUUCCUGAAGCAGAAAAGAUCUACAACAAUCUCCUGAAACUGAAAGAUAUCCGUCCAGAGAAUAGGCAAGCAAUAUGUUUACAAGCUGGAUUAUUUCAACUGUUCCAGAAAAGAGCAGAAUCAAAAGCCAUCGCCCAUUUUCUGGAAGGAAUGAAAGUCAAUUACAAUUCCAUAGAAAGAAAAAAAUGCCGUGAAAAUUUGGAGAGGACCGCAACAGGACGGCUUCACAGGAAUCCACGAGAUAGCGAGGCCCUUGGUGCUCUUGGCUUCCUGCAUCAACUGGAUGGGAAGAAGCGCAAAGCUGUCGAAUACUUUGAAAAGGCCUUGCAAUUUGAUCAAGGCAAUGAAGAAUAUCUCAGUGCCCUUUGUGAAUUACGUCUUUCUAUCUAGCUCAGUAAUGAACUUGCCAGCUAAAGUUCAGCUGAAAGAUGAAUUAAUACUCUCUAAGCUAUAAUCAGCUUUUACCUGGUAUCCACUUCACUUAUAUUUUGCUUAGAUAUUUUUCAAUUGAGCAUAUUAUUCAUGCGUAUAAUUUUCAGAUGGCUAGUUGGAUUUUAGUUAUUCUAAACGUCUGCUUUAUUCAGGAAUGUUGUCCUCACUGGUGAACUAACCAUUAGUUUCUGACACCUAGGAGUUAUUGCUCUGUGUGGAAAGAAACAAAAACAUUUGAGUUUUUUGGGAUUUGAGUUAAUUGAUCCAAUUGGACACAGCUGAAAAGAAACUGUUUUUAAUUCAAUUAUGAACACUUAAUGAGCCUGAUUUAAACUCCAGUUUGGUUUUAGGUGUGUGGUGAAGGAGUUACAAAACUGACACUUUGCUGCUAAGGUCUGUCUCGGGAUAUUUUAAAUUCUAAACUGCAUUCAUGUGCUUGGCCAUCAGUGUUCAGGUGGGUGUUUUGAAUUAGAUUCUGGGUCCAUCACAUAGAAUGGAAAAGGGAUAUGUCAGGAGACAGUGUGGGGAAGCCCCAAGUUAUUAUAUUGGGGCCUGGUGGGGGAAUUCAUGUGCAAAGAAAAAUAAACAUUUCCCUUUGUGUCACUUCAGAGUUCCAUCAUGGACUCUACCAAAAUCUGCGCCAGAAAACCAUUUGGUAGACAUUCCACAAAUUCCUUUCCUUGGGAUCCAUGACCAACCUGUACAUUGAAGUCCCCCAUGAUUAUUGGAAUAGAGCUUUUCUGAUCUCCUGAUUUAUUUUCUUCCCAAAUUCUGACUAUUGGCAGGUGGCCUGGACAUAACACCUAUCAGGGUCUUUUUCCCUUUGUGGUUCCUCUACACACACAGGUCCUACACUUUUUGGCGAUUGAUUUAAUUUAAUUUCUUACGAACAAAGCAACCCACCCCCUCUGUCUAUCUGCCUCUUCCUUUGAUAGGACCCAUAUCAUUGGAUACAGGUUCUGAUCCCAGCCCUGAGUGCCUUGUAGCCACACUUCUGUGAUACCCACAACAACCAAUUUCAAUCUGCGUAACAAGCUCAUUUGGAGAAAGUGAGGACUGGAGAUCAGAG